GGCACAUUUCACAAGGAUAAAAAAAAAAAAAGCUUUCAAUUUAUUUACCUUGCAAAUAAAAUACAAGCAACAGUGUAUUUACAAUAUGUCAAAAAUGCAAUUGCUCAAUAUGUUUCUGCGCGAGCGAUUGACAGCGGCUGCUGUAGAGAUAUUUGGAGUAGUUGAAAAGACGAUAGUGGAGUAUCAAGAAGAAAUCACCCGUUCGAAGGAAGAGAACGAACGUUUACAGAAAAUGUUGGAUAUGGUCAUUAAACCUCAAGUCAAGUUACAUAGAGCAGACCCUAGGCAGCUCCAUGUCUCUGAAGAAGAGGUUCCCCUUGAGCAGGAGUGGAGGAGGGAAAGUUCAGAGCUCACACAAAGUACAGAGGAACAGGACCUCAGGACCAAUCUGGGAGAAGAGCAAAUGCAAGGGCCUGAGACUCAUGGUCAUAACAUAGAGUUCGGGUUCACUCCUCCUUGUGUGAAAGGUGAUUUUGUCCAGGACCCUUGGCCCUCACACCUUUUCCAAACCCAAAUUGUGGAGGACAAUGAGAUUAAUAAUCUAUCAAGCACCCUAGUGGAACACAUUAAAACAGAACCUGAUGGAGGAGAGGACUAUGGAGUACUAACGAGUGACCCACAGCUCAUGUUUGCAGUAAACGCACACUGUUCUGCAGCUCCGAGUGAAAACAUGCAUGGAACAGAGAUUGGAGGCCCUCUGCAACGGAAAACAAAGACAGGAAGACCAUUCAGACAUAUAGGAACGCUGUCUGAACUUAAGAAGAGACGUGCUUUGUAUGAGCGAUUUCGUUGCCAUGUCUGUGGAAAAGGGUUCCCAGCAAGGAAUGGUCUGGGAGACCACAUGACAACUCAUACAGGGGAGAGACCACACAGCUGUCACCUCUGUGGGAAAGGUUUCAAAGUGAAGAGUCAUCUGAAAGAGCAUAUCAGGGUUCACACAGGAGAGAAACCCUUUGUCUGCCCAGUCUGUGGGAAAGCGUUCAGGCAGGAUGCACAUAUGAAAGGACAUUUGAGGGGGACUCACAAGGAGAAACCAUACAGAUGCCAUGAUUGUGGUGAAAGCUUCAGUCAGAUGGGAGAGAUGCAAGUGCAUAGGACAGUGUGCUGUGGUCCAAUUGUCCUGGGCCCAAAUUUGAUGUAACUUUCACUCCCUUGAUGCCUUCGGUGACCAGGACGUUUUAGACUUGCAGCCAUGAUAAGGACCAUUCAAAUGUGUUAUAUAACAAACAAAGGAAGAAUGAUCUGUCCACAGUUAUAAAAGUUUGAGAGCGCAUCUCCUAUAUUUGUCAAAAUUCAUAAAUGGGAGGGAGUUUCCAGAAAGCAUGUAGCCUAUGUGGUUGUCUGUAUGUGGUGGUUGGCAAGUUUCAGUGUCCCAUGAGAAAUAGUUGUCAAUUUAAGUAGUUCUCUGGUACCUCAUAUUGUUUAAAUAUACCCCAAAAAUAUUGGUGGAGCACUUUGAGUCCCUGAUUGAGAGGUAUGUGACCCAUUUUGUGGGCUGUGUCUAAUAUCAAUAAUAUUCUGUAUAUCUUGGAUAUAAUUUUCCCCCUCCUGUUAGCUUUCUAUGUGUUUUUGUGAGUGGAAGACAUUCUCAAUUUUGGAGAAUCUCUCAUAAGAUGGGUAAAAGUAAUGUACAACAAUCCUUUAUGUAAAAUAAUAAAUAAAUGGUUACUUCUCUGAGAACUUUCAAUUGUCAAGAGGCGUAAAA